CUUCCCGUUCAAAGCUGGAGGCGCGAGGAGGCAGCUGCCGGUUGUUGUUGUUUUUGUUUCCUAGGGAAGAAGAAACAUCACAGGAUGGACAUGACGACGUGUUUGAAGUCUCUGUUGCUGGCUGUCCAUCAGUACAGAGACGGAAGGACAGCGCAGAACGCGGCGCAGCUCCAGAGACUAGUGGAGGAGAUGUCAGGCCUUAAAUGUGACCAGCUGCUGUCCUCGGGUCAGGUUAUGCCCCGCGAGUGUGUGAGGGGGCUGUUGGAGCUGUCUGGAAACCCGAACACCAGCCCCACCCUGACGAGCUCCAUCAUCUCUCUGCUGUCACAACUCGCCUGUGACGACGACAGUCUGGAGAUUCUCAACAGCAGAUACAACCUCACCAGCACCCUGGCGUCUGUAGUCCACUGCCACAGCACCACACCGGGGGAGCCCCUGGUGCUGCAGUGUUUGCAGCUGCUGCAGAAACUGACGUACAACACUCGCGUCUUCCAGUCGACCAACUACAUCCACGAGCUCGUUGCUUUUCUCAUCACCAACAUCCAGUCUCACAAUGACGACAUCAUCAUGCCGUGCCUCGGCCUCAUGGUCAACCUGUGUCGAGACAACCGCUCCGUGCAGCGCCACAUCAAGUCUCUGGACCACGUGAAGCCUUUCUACAGAACUCUGAUCAACUUCCUGGCCCACAACAGUCUGACUGUGGUGGUCUUCACGCUGUCCAUCCUGGCCAGCCUCACUCUGAAUGAGAAGGUUGGAGAGAAGCUUUUUGAUGCCACAAACAUCCACCAGACUUUCCAGCUUGUGUUCAACAUCAUUGUGAACGGAGACGGCACUCUGACGCGAAAAUACUCUGUUGACCUUUUGGUUGACUUGUUGAAGAACCCCAAGAUAGCAGAAUACCUCACCAGGUAUCGGCACUUCUCGGCAUGUGUGUCUAAAGUUUUAAGACUGCUUCAAUCCAAAGACCCCGACUCUGCAGCCAAGGUGUUGGAGCUUCUCCUGGCCAUGUGCAGCGUCUCCGGGCUGCGUCCGCUGCUGUGUGAGGUGGUUUUCAGGCCGGUGGCAGGACACAAACUCGGGGGGGCGGGCCGCAGCAGGCGGGGGGUCGGAGCGGACGACGGACGCAAGGCCGAGUCCGGGCUCUCCCUGGUGCAGUGGCUCAGCUCGCCGGUGGAGGGCGCCGAGUCCUGCUCGCUCCAGACCCUGCAGCUGCUCAACGAGCUGCUGGAGGAGGCGUUGGGAUCAGACUCUGUGUCUGAAUGUGUGCUGAGCUUCGUAGAGAUGUUGCUCCCCGUCCUGUUGGGGCUCCUGAGGGGCCUCGAUCCUUCACAGGGAGACGCUCACCUGAGAAAACACUGCCACCGCGUCACCCACGUCACCAGCCUGCUGCUCGUCCUGUGCGCCGAGGACUCCACCAGAUCCUUGGUGUCCCGUCAGGUGAGCGCUCAGCUCGGCCUCUCGCAGGUGGAGUCCCUCCUCUCCCUCGCCUGCAACCCCUCUGGCUCUGACAGCGACCUCAGUCAGGUGUGUGCAGACGCUCUGCUGAAGACUCUCGAGUUGAUGAGUAAACUGAGACAACAGGUGAAGGACAUGGAGACCAGCUUCUACAGGAUGCUACAGGACCAGAGGAUAGUGACCCCCCUCUCUCUGGCGCUGACGUCCCACCACAGAGAGCGCGUUCAGACCGGACUGUCUCUGUUGUUUGAAGCCUCCCCCCUCCCAGACUUCCCCUCUCUGGUUCUGGGAGAAAGUAUGGCCGCCAACAACGCCUAUCGCCAGAGGGAGGCUGAGCUGUCCGUCAAACGCGUUGCCGUGCAGGAAGUCCCGCCCUCCAGCAUACUGGACUGUUCCAGUGGUUCCAGCAGGAGCAUCCACAGUCUGGUGGACAAGAUACAGAAUGGCUUAGAGCUGCAGGAACACGAGAAGGACUCCCACGUGUCUCAGAUCAUCGACGUUUAUGAACAGAAGCUCUCAGCGUUUGCGUCUAAGGAGACUUGUCUGCAGGACUUGUUGGAGGCCAAAGCUCUGGCUCUUUCUCAGGCCGACCGUCUCAUCGCUCAGUAUCUGUUUGAACGAGCUCAGGCUGAAGCUGAGGCGUGUAAGCUGGGCAGCCUGCUGAAGGAGGCGGAGCGGCGUCGUGAGGAUCUGCAGGGCGAGCUGAGUAACCAGGUGCAGGAAGUGGAGCUCGCCAAGGCCGACAUCGAGGAGCUGCUGCGGCACAACGCCCGGCUGCAGCAGGACUCCGACACACACCAGGACCUCAAGGGAGUCUACAACGCCCUGCUCAACAGGUUCAACGAGAGCGAGCGGCUGCUGAAGGAGCUGCAGACGGCUCACAUCUCACUCACCAAACAGAGCGACGCUCUGAGGAAGAACCACGAAGCGCUGCAGCUGCAGCACGAGGAGACGGCGUCGGGGUUGGAGGAGAGAGAGGAGGAGAUCAGAUCCCUCCGUUCAGAUCUACAGCAGAAGAACAGCGACAUCGCAGGUCUGCGCGGUGAACUGCGAGCCGAGGAGGAGAAGCUGCAGGAGAAGGACCGAGAGAAGAGAGAGCUGGAGGAGACGGUGGAUGUUUUGAGGAAGGAGCUGAACAAGACGGAGCAAGCCAGGAAGGAGGCGAGCAUCAAGGCGUCGUCUCUGGAGAUGCAGAAGAGCACGCUGGAGACCAAGCUGAAGCAGAAGGAGGACGAGCUGAGCAAACACUCGUCCAUGAUCGCCAUGAUCCACAGCCUCAGCAGCGGCAAGAUGAAGAGCGACGUCAACCUGUCGCUCUGAGGAGACGAAGACGAGCGACGAAGGACAAUAACAGUUUAUAAGAAGGAAAACAAAGCUUUAUGGACUAUGAUCUUCACUUUUAAACUUCUUGCACUUCAUAACAUCUAUUAAACUAAUAUUUUAAAGUUAAAAUCUUUGUGCUUUUUAUUGUUUGGUAUUCAUAA